GCUGCUGCCUCACCGCCCCGCCGCCCCUACUUGCUCCUCGGUGUUGCGUCGCUGGCUGAGGGAGGCAGGUGCCAUGGCGGCCGAGACACUGGUGGCCGAGGCGGUGGCCGCGCGCCUGGCGCGGCAGGAGGAGGACAUCCGCUGGCUGUGGGCGGAGGUGCAGCGCCUGAGGGAUGAGCAGCUGAACGCGCCCGACCGGUGCCAGGCCGACGGGCCGUGCCUGACGCGGGAGGUGGCGCAGCUGCGGGCCGAGAACCGCGACCUGCGCCACCGCCUGUACCGCCUGCGGCUGUGCCUCGCCGAGGAGCUGACCCACCAGGCGAAGCUGGAGAGCACGGCGCAGGCGGCGGCGCCGCACGGGGAGGCCGGGCGCGCGGGUCCCGGCGCGCAGCCUCCUUCUAGUCAAAACCGAGAAAAGGACACUAAAAAGAAGAAGGAAAGGGAGCCUGACCAUGAGGUAAAAAAUCAACCGGACUUCAUAAAGGAGAGAUUGAAGCUUUUUGAAAAGUUGAAGAAAGAUAACCAGCUGUUAUUUGCCAUUUAUGAGCAAAAGGGGAAAGCAGGCAAAGUGAUCACAGUGAGAGUGGCUGACGGGGAGACAGUGGAAGGGGAAAUCUGGAAGACAACACCCUACCAAGUGGCUGCCGAUAUUAGUCGGGACCUGGCCGAAAGCACAGUCAUAGCCAGAGUCAAUGGUGAGCUGUGGGACCUGGACCGGCCGCUGGAAGGGGACUCCACUCUCGAGCUGCUUACGUUCGACGAUGAGGACGCUCAGGCUGCUUACUGGCGCUCCAGCGCUCACGUGCUCGGCGAGGCCUUGGAGCUGUACUACGGAGGCCACCUGUGUUAUGGUGCACCCAUCGAAAACGGAUUUUACUGUGACAUGUUCAUUGAAGACAGGGCCGUGUCCAGCGCGGAGCUGUCAGCCCUGGAGGACAUCUGCACGGCCAUCAUCAAGGAGAGGCAGCCUUUCGAGAGGCUGGAAGUCAGCAAGGACGUCCUCCUGCAAAUGUUUCAGUACAAUAAAUUUAAAUGCCGCAUUUUGAACGAGAAGGUCGACACUCCAACGACCACAGUUUACAGAUGCGGCCCACUAAUCAACCUUUGUAAAGGCCCCCACGUAAGACACACUGGGAAAAUUAAAGCCAUAAAAAUUAUCAAGAAUUCGUCGACAUACUGGGAGGACAAUCCUGAGAUGGAAACGCUGCAGAGGGUCUAUGGGAUAUCCUUUCCCGAUAACAGGAUGAUGAAAACCUGGGAAAAGUCCCAGGAGGAAGCCAAGAACCGCGAUCACAGGAAGAUCGGGAAGGAUCAAGAACUUUUCUUUUUCCACGACCUGAGUCCUGGAAGCUGUUUCUUCCUUCCCAGAGGAGCCUUCAUCUAUAAUACACUUGUGGAUUUCAUACGAGAGGAAUAUCACCACCGUAACUUCACGGAAGUGCUCUCUCCCAACGUGUACAACAGCAAACUCUGGGAAGCCUCGGGCCACUGGCAGCAUCACAGCGAGAGCAUGUUUACCUUUGACAUUGAGAAAGACACUUUUGCCCUUAAACCCAUGAAUUGUCCAGGGCACUGUCUCAUGUUUGCCCAUCGGCCGCGAUCUUGGAGGGAAAUGCCCAUUCGAUUUGCUGACUUUGGAGUUCUUCAUAGAAAUGAGCUGUCGGGAACUCUAAGUGGCUUGACCCGAGUGAGACGCUUCCAGCAGGAUGAUGCUCACAUCUUCUGCACUGUGGAGCAGAUCGCAGAAGAAAUAAAGGGGUGUUUGCAGUUUUUGCAAUCUGUUUACUCUACAUUUGGCCUCUCCUUUCAAUUAAAUUUGUCGACAAGGCCUGAAAACUUCUUAGGAGAGAUUGAGUUGUGGGAUGAAGCUGAAACGCAACUGCAGAAUAGCUUGAUGGAAUUUGGAAAACCGUGGAAGAUGAACCCUGGGGAUGGAGCAUUUUAUGGCCCUAAAAUUGAUAUAAAAAUCAAGGAUGCUCUUGGCAGGUACCAUCAGUGUGCCACCAUCCAGCUGGACUUCCAGCUCCCCAUCAGAUGUAAUCUCACAUACGUGAGUAAGGAAGGGGAUGACAGGAGGAGGCCCGUGAUCAUUCAUCGAGCCGUUCUGGGCUCCGUGGAAAGAAUGACCGCCGUUCUGUCAGAGCACUAUGGGGGGAAGUGGCCUUUCUGGCUGUCUCCUCGUCAGGUAAUGGUCAUCCCUGUGGAGCCAACUUGUGACAAAUACGCACUUCAGGUGUGCAGUGCACUUUUUGAAGAAGGAUUCAUGGCCGAUGUCGAUUUGGAUCGUAGCUGCACUCUAAAUAAGAAAAUCUGCACUGCCCAGGAGGCUCAGUAUAAUUUUAUUUUGGUGGUUGGAGAAAAGGAAAAAACAAAUAACGCUGUAAAUGUUCGAACAAGGGACAACAAAAUUCAUGGAGAGAUUUCACUAACUUCUGCCAUUGAUAAGUUGAAGACUCUCAAGAAAUCACGUACACUAACUGCUGAGGAUGAAUUUUGAAGUCCUUCCUUGUUCUCCCUUCUACAUAACCUGGUUUCAAACCCCUGAAAAUGCAUUUUUCCUAAUUAAUGUUAGUACUUCUUCUGAGAACGUUGGACCCACUGAGGUUCCUCUGCUGGGCACAGUGAAAGAGGUGGAUGAGUAGCUGACAUGUACAAAGUUUAAUCACUGAUGUGUCUGAGGACAACGGGGGGCAAGCUGGGCAAUCUCAUUUCCCCAAAGUCUUGACUUAAAUUGGGAAAUGUUACUCGUUUAAAAGGGGAAAUACUGGGAAAUGAGGAUUAUGAGAUGUUACUGCUAAGAUUUGUGCUUU